AUGGUAGCGGCGAGGAUGGUGGCGCGAUUUGGUUUCGAGAAGGGAGAAGAUGAAUGGAGGUCGCGGCGUGGUGGUGACGGCGGCACGGGAGUGGCGGCUAAGCAAGCUAAAGUAUCUAACAGAGAAAUCAAGCGGAUAUUGGAGAAAAUAGUUGCUACGUCAAGAAAGGAUUGGUCACAUAAACUUGAUGAUGCUCUCUGGGCAUACAUGACUGCAAUGAAGACAUCUAUGGGUUUAUCACCUUAUCAGCUUGUCUAUGGGAAAGCAUGUCAUUUACCAGUGGAGAUGGAGCACAAAGCCUUAUGGGCGCUUAAAUUUAUGAAUUUUGAUCCUUCUGAAACUCAAAAUAAGCGUAGAAGGCAAAUGUUGGAACUUGAAGAGAUGCGAUUGAAGCUGUUUCUUGUAAAGUUGAAGUCAAAAUGGUCCGAGCCAUUCAUAGUGAAGAAUGUGCGUCCACAUGGAGCAAUUGAAUUAGUUGAUACAACUGCUAGUGAUCAACAAAGAAGCUGGGUGGUGAACGGUCAACGUCUCAAGCAUUAUUUAGGAGGAGAAGUAGAGCAAUUAUCCAUAGUGAUGAAGUUAGCGAAUCCCUGA